AUGUGUAUGCUGGGCGGCAGAGCUGUCAUCUUUGACAGAUUCCGUGGAGUACAAGACAUUGUGGUGGGGGAAGGGACUCACUUUCUCAUCCCAUGGGUACAGAAACCAAUUAUCUUUGACUGCCAUUCUCCACCACGUAAUGUACCAGUCAUCACUGGUAGCAAAGAUUUACAGAAUGUCGACAUCAUACUGCGCAUCAUCUUCCGGCCCAUCGUUAGCCAGCUUUCUGGCAUCUUCAGCAUCGGAGAGGACUAUGAUGAGCAUGUGCUGACGUCCAUCACCACCAAGAUCCUCAAGUCAGUGGUGGCUAGCUUCGAUGCUGGAGAAGUAAUCACCCAGAGAGAGUUGGUCUCCAGACAGGUGAGCAACGACCUUACAAAGCGAGCAGCCACCUUUGGGCUCAUCCUGGACGACGUGUCCUUGACACAUCUGACCUUCGGGAAGGAAUUCACAGAAGCGUUAGAAGCCAAACAGGUGGCUCAGCAGGAAGCAGAGAGGGCCAGAUUUGUGAAGGAAAAGGCUGAGCAGCACAAAAAGGCAGCCAUCAUCUCUGCUGAGGGCGACUCCAGGGCAGCCGAGCUCAUUGCCAACUCACUGGCCACCGCAGGAGACGGCCUGAGCUGCACAAGCUGGAAGCUGCAGAGGACAUCGCGUAAUAGCUCUCACGCUCUCGGAACAUGA